AUGGGAACGAGCCAGCCCUGUGAAGAGCUGGUGCGGAGCAAUCCAGGCGGAGAGAACAUCAAGCGCAGAGGCUGCUUCUGGAGGCAGGAAAGGGCUUUGCCUGUUGAAGGCCCAGAGGUUAAGAACGUGUCUGCAGGCUCCCAGGACAUGCCUCCUCCCCCUUCUGACUACAUGGAGCGAGUGGACAGCCCCGCGGCCUACUCCUCCAACGGGAAAGUCAACGACAAGCGCUCGUACCCAGAGUCUUCCUAUAAAUCGACCCCGGUGCCUGAAGUGGUUCAGGAGCUUCCACUGACUUCAGCUGUGGACGACGUCAGGCAGCCUCGGUACAGCAGCAGUGGUAACUUUGAGAUGCCUUCAAAGAGGGCGCCCACAAAGGGAAGAGCCGGAAAGUCAAAGAGACCAGAGCAGGACCACUACGAAACCGACUACACGACCGGCGGCGAGUCAUGCGACGAGCUGGAGGAGGACUGGGUCAGGGAAUAUCCACCUAUCACUUCAGAUCAACAAAGACAGCUCUACAAGAGAAGUUUUGACACUGGCCUGCAGGAGUACAAGAGCUUACAAGCUGAGCUCGAUGAGGUCAACAGAGAGCUCUCUCGUCUGGAUAAAGAACUGGACGACUACAGAGAAGAAAGCGCAGAGUACAUGGCUGCUGCCGAUGAAUACAACAGGCUGAAGCAAGUGAAGGGGUCUGCAGAUUACAAAAGUAAGAGGAAUUACUGCAAGCAGUUGAAGAGCAAAUUGUCGCACAUCAAGAAGAUGGUUGGAGACUAUGACAGACGGAAAACCUAGGCGGCAGGCGCCACACCGAGAGUAAGAUGAAGCGGGCGUCUCUGCGGUGUUGGCAGAGGCAGAUGACUCUGGACUGACCGGGAGCCCAGGCCUUUGUGAUCAUAACAGAGUGCUGGUAGCUUUAAUAUGACAGUAUUGAUGCAUUUUAUAAAUAGCUUUUGAUAAUCAACUGGGCUGAACACUCCAAUUAAGGAUUUCAUGCUUUAAACACUGGUUCUUGUAUUAAGAACUAACUGUGGUUUGAGGUCUUUAACCCUUUGAGGAAGGUUCCGGAGAGAACGGUACUGUGAACUUUCAUAUCCUGGGCGGUCGCGUCGUUGUAUCUGAGUGCUCCUCAGUUCGCAUCGGUGAUCCUGUUAAUUCUCCCAGAGUCCUCCCUUCGCAUCACGGUCAUUCGUAAUCACUCCUGUUCAAAUGAGGAGCGUGGGUCCCUGCAGUGACGUCUCUGAAGGGCACAGCCUGUCGGCCAGCUCGCACUUUGGGUCAAGUCUGUUCUCCGACUCACUGAGCAGUCCCUGGCCUUCCAUAUUUUAGCUACUAUGACGUUGUGUUCUACCACCCUCCCUACUGAUUUUUUUCUGUGUAUAAAUGGUUAAAGAAGCUUUUUAUUGUUUUACGUUAUCCAGGUGAAAGAUCAUGUUAAAGUAACAAAUUGUGAAAUUUAAAGAUUGUAAAUAUACAUUGACUUUUUAAAUCAGAAUUUAAACCUACUGGUUAGAAUUUUCUGUAUUUUUAAAUACUUUUUAAUCUUUUUAUGGUUUACAUAUGUUUUUUCUUAACCAACUAGGCUGUUUCAUUUAUCAGAGUAUCUGAUUACAUUUAUAAUUCAACUGUGACUUGAAUUGUAUCUCACAAGAAUGUUCAAGUUCUGUACAUAUUUUAUAAGGUAUUAAACCUGGGGUUUUCUUCCUA